CUAAGAGGCAUCGAGCAUCCCGCGGGUGUCGCGUGGGGUUUUAUUAUAGGGAUGUUAUUGAUGGGGGUAGUACUUACCUAGGUAACACUUGUGGCGUGUCACAAGGUUAAACCUUCAAGGUUUUCAGCGUUAGAUUCGAUGUUAAAUUCACGCAGAACUCAAAUCCCAUCGUAACUACAUGUUUUUUAAACCGACGAAACGUUCGCUCUUGAUGAUGUUCAACUUUUAACUCUAUUAUAGUACAUCUAUAGAGAUUCAGUUAUGUAGAGCAGGUGCAUAGCAGUGGAGGAAACCGCUAGGUACUUAUACCUACAUAUAGAUACGCUAUGACCACAACCUCACCGCCCCACUAACGUAGCUCGGAAGUACCUAAGUAGAUCCCUUCAGCUAAGGUACUUCACCUGCUGAAAAAAAAGAUGACGGAACGCUGUAAAAUCAUCCUUUUCAAUACAACGACCGAACGAAUUCAACAUCCCACUAGCGUACGCGAUUAUCACGAGCCCCAGCCCACCCCUCUAGAUGCACCGAUAACCUUAGAGUCACGUUGAAGCGGGCUUACGUCCCAAGCCGCCUCAUUUCUAUACCUGCUGCCAACCGCCACAAAAACCAUGGCCGACAGCAUCGAUUCCAUCGUCAAGGGCGCCCCCCAGCCUGGUCAGGAGAUCAAAUCUGCACCAAUAGGCACGAGUCCUAUCGGUGUAGUCAAGCCUGGCGAUCCUUUGAAGCACACGCCAAGCUCGCCGUCUAUGAUCUACCUAAACAUGCUGAUCCUCGAAGCUUCCCUCCGUUCCCAAUACCUUGAACUCCGAGCCCGACGACGAAAACAUACCUUCUUCAUUAGCCUGCUAUGCCUCUGGCUGGCCGGCUUUGGAUAUGCGCUCUUUUUCGCACCCCGAGAAGACGGAAGCGGUGUGGGGGGCUCGGUAUACUGGGUGGUGGAUAUGACAGAGAAGGUGUGCUUCAUAAGCGGUAUUGUCACUCUGAUAUUGGUCUGGGCAACUGGCAUAUGGGAUCAAGGCAUUAGAUGGCCCCGCCGUUGGUUUGGCAUAUGCAACAGAGGCUUGCGGGGUUUCAACUGCAAGCUUGUCGUCAUCAAACGGUCCUGGUGGGUUGAGAUCGUGUCGCUUAUUGGCUUCUUUUUCACGUACGGCGCAUUCUCUAGCAGGACUGGUCACUAUCGCUUCGUGGAGCCGGCAAUCCUACGCGAAGUAGAUCGGGAACUGAAUCUAAACCGAAACGCACAUCCACAACUCCCAUUCGUCAGUACAGAUGAGGAAAAGGGCGGACACGAGGAGGAUCUAUCGCCUGGAGGAGACUAUGUAAAGCUUUUGUUAUGGCCCAAACCAUUCUCGCCAAACUUUCGGGAAAACUGGGAACUUUAUAGAAGCGAGUAUUGGGAAAGAGAGAACGAACGUCGAGCCCUACUGAGGGCCAAGUUGAAAAUGCGCGAUAGACAGCUUGCGAAGCAACAAAAUGGAUGGUUAUGGUGGCUACCAGGACAGCCAAAAGUGGAAGAAAAGACGCAUGCACACGCCCCCGGGACAGGAGAUACAGAGAAGGCUGUACAUCAGCGGCCUUCGGCGGUUGGAAAGGAGGGCAAACGUCCAAGAAGUGGGAGUAUUCGACGGAGUAGUGGUUCGGCUGGAUCGUCACGAACUCCCACGCCUCCCGUGGAAUCAGAAGAAGGUGGACGCAGUAGAAGAGGUAGUAUGACAUCUACUACUUCAGAAAAGAGACGAAAGAAACAUUUGUCAACAAGCUCUAGAUCGAAGAGACCAGGAGUCGAAUCGCGUUCUGUUACACCAGAAUUCCCAUCACCGCUUGCUAGGGAGAGUAGUUUUGGUAGCAGCGAGGCUUCCUAAUAGUCUCUUGAACAAGACUAGCCAUUGUAUCUACUUGACGAUCAUGUUCUAGCAGCUUCAAUCGAUAGAAACCUUAUGCAACCUACUUGAUAGGAUCGCAAAAUGUGCAUGUUUUCUUUUGUUGGUACAAGGAGCCUCACCUAAUAAGAUGGUUUCUUUUUAUUGUCUGUUUGUCAUGACAUUAAGGUACCUAAGUAUUUUGGUACCUAAUUUAUGUGCACGCAUAAUUAGUGGCACGAUGUAUAUCUUUUACCUACCCCGCCCCGCGCCG